UAAAUAAAUUGAUGAUUACAAUUUUUUUUAAAAUAAUAUCUAUUCUUCUUUCCUUUCUUCCGCCGGGUCUUUGCCUUUCACUUCCGGUUUAUCGACAGUGUGAUUCUAGGAGCUCUCGACGCCGUCAUGCCACUUGCAAAGGAUCUGUUGCACCCGAGCGUUGAGGAGGAGAAGAGGUGUCACAAGAAAAAACGCCUCGUUCAGAGUCCCAACUCCUACUUUAUGGAUGUCAAAUGCCCAGGUUGCUACAAGAUCACCACAGUGUUCAGUCACGCUCAGACUGUAGUGCUGUGUGUCGGCUGCUCCACAGUUCUUUGCCAGCCUACAGGAGGGAAAGCUCGCCUUACAGAAGGAUGCUCAUUCAGGAAAAAACAGCACUAGUUUGCCCGGACGUGGUUGGACACAGUUUAGAAGGAGAAUGAACAGCGCUUGAUGGACAUCAAGCAACACUGCCAUGGAACUGAUGCAGCAAUGAGUAAAUGGAGAGCGGGGGAACCGAUCAUGUAAUUUAAGAAGUCUCUCUACUUGAUAUGCACAAAGGCAUUGUUGAAACCUGACCAACAUCACAUCCAAUAAUUCCUCUUCUCUUAAUAAACUUAGGUUGUUUUUUGGUAAAAUAAUCUUGCAUGUGUGUCAUCUAGUUUGUUCUUUUUACCUGCUGAAGGUUCUUGGAUGUCAUUUAUCAGCUCAGGACUCCUUAAAGGUGUGCUGCUAAUGCUCAGGGCAUUUGAAGACUGUUUUAUCAAUUUAAACAGAUGGGUGGCUUCAACAGUUUCCUGUGGCGAGCAAUUUGAAUUUGUUGCAUUAUACCCUCAGUUAUUUAAGGAUACACUUUUUACAGGGAGGUGAGGGUGUGGAAUUAACCCCUACAGAUAAUGAAAUCGCAGAAAACGUUUUUACUAGGUUAAAGCUGCACUCUGCAUGAUUAGAGGUGUGUCAGCAAUGGUAAUGCAGUCAGAUACUACAUGCACAUACGCCAAGCAAGUCAACAUUUUAUUUAAAAGGUAGACCGCGUUAUCAGUGCCUGCUGUAAAGCCAGAGGUGUUGGCUGAGAGCUUCAAAUGAGGGUUUUUUUCAGGGAAAGAUAUCGCUGGCCCUGUUUCCUGAUGCUUGUAAACCACAAAGCCAGUGAUGUGAUACUAAAUGCCAUCGAUAUGAAUGAUUAUGGUUGUGAAUUUACAUGUGCUUGCAAGCUUCCUGUGAAAAUGAAAGUGUGGGAAUGAUUCUUGUGAAGUUGCAAAACACACUAGCUCUGUUUGAGAUGACUCAGCUAAAAUAAUUUGUGUCCCUAUGCUUUAGUUGAGGCUGAUGGGUCUUUUGCACAGUCUGUAUACUAAAUAAAGAAAUGGAUUAAUUUAGCAGGAGGGAAUUAUAGCUUUCUUUUUUACUAUGGUGACAUUUUUGUCCUGUUGUAUAUCAGACACAACUUACAAAUAAAAUGAUAAAUUAA